AAUUGGUGGGGAGCGACCGAUCAAGUUGUAGAGAAUUAUUAUUAUUUUUAAGAAAAUUAUUUUUUGUAAAUUUCUUUAUGAUGAUGUAGAACAAAUCAUUUAUUUCGUUUGACAUACUCUACUAUAUGCAUAUAGACAAUUUUGUUUAGUUUUUCCAAUUACAAUUUUUAAACAACUAAGGAUCCUGGAACUAGGACCCUAAAGAAGGACCUAAAACCCUAAAAGGGCGAGGACUAUAAAGAAAGACUCAAGUAGAAUAUACUGAAAGCAGACUUACCAACAACUAGGAGGCUGGGCUGCUAACAACAAUGAUUGAAGCGUUAAUUAGUGGAGCAAUUUUUCUUCUUUUAACUUACGGAUUCAUUCAUUGGGCUUGGAAGUUCUAUACAUCCAGAUUAUCAUGGCUUCCCGGACCACCUAUAGUUCCAAUACUUGGCACUGUUCCAUUCCUUGAAAACGAGCCCUACAAAUUAUUCCGGCAGUUACAGAGUUUUCAAAAAAAAUUCAGUUACACUUUCAGAGGUUGGAUGACGUAUGUCCCAAUGAUGUUUUCUGGUGAUGCCCUGUAUAUAAAAUCAAUCUUAAGUAACAAAGAAAUGUUAAAAAAAUCUAUUCUGUAUUGGACUUUUUUGGAAUGGCUUGGUACGGGAUUGCUGACAAGUCAUGGAAGAAAAUGGAAGAAAAGAAGGCGGUUAUUAACUCCAGCUUUUCAUUUCAACAUGUUAAAUAAUUAUGUUAACAUAUUUGUGAAGCAUUCGAAGAUUUUAGUUGAGAAAUUUAAUCAUGAAUGUGACACGGGCAGAGCUAUCGAUGUCCAAGUACCAACUAAUCUUGCAUCAUUGGAUGUGAUAUGUGAAGCAGCAAUGGGUGUGGAAGUGCAUUCCCAGCAAUGUGGCAAUUCCCAAUAUACAAAAUCUAUGAGAUCUAUGCAAAGCCAUCUGCAACGUCGACAAAGGUCACCAUGGUUGUGGCCAAAUUUCAUAUACAAGCUCACCAGUGCAGGGAAAUGCUAUUACAAAGAUUUAAAUGUCGUGCACGAUUUCACUAUUGAUUUAAUUAAUAAACGUAUUGAAUCACGAAAGUUAUUGAAUGAAGAUGAUAAUUCCAAACCUUGCCAGAAAGUAAUUAUUGACUUGCUCCUGGAUUUAUAUGAUGAAGGAGAGAUCGACAUUGAUGGCGUGCGUGAAGAAGUAGAUACUUUCAUGUUUGCAGGACAUGAUACUGUUGCCACAGCGUUAGGAUGGACUCUCCAUCUACUGGGAAGAAAUCCGGUGGUGCAGAAGAAGUUGCAUGCUGAAAUUGAUGGUAUUGACAAAUCGAAUCCUGGAAAAGUAUUGGAUAAAAUUUGCGAAUUAAAGUAUUUAGAAUAUGUCAUUAAGGAAGGACUUCGUUUACAUCCUCCUGUGGCAAUGAUUGGACGCACUGUGGAAAAAGACACGGCUUUUGGCAGACACGUGAUUCCAUCGGGCACUCAGAUCCUCCUGGACGUGUAUGCAUUGCAUUCGAAUCCAGAAUAUUGGGAUGAGCCUGAGAAGUUCAUUCCGGAGCGUUUUGGUGAUGCCAAAUUCCAAAAAAGGAAUCCAUAUUCUUAUAUACCUUUCUCAGCUGGACCUCGAAACUGUAUUGGUCAAAAGUUUGCAUUGUUGAAACUGAAAAUCUUUUUAUUUAAUAUCGCGUCAAAUUUUUGCUUCACAUCCGUCCAAGAUAAAGACGACAUUGAAGAAUGCUUUGAGAUUGUGCAUAAUUCGAGUAAUGGUUUGUUGAUCAAUUCCGUAUUUAAAGGUGACCUUACUCCGAGCUACGUAAUGGUGUGGACUCCUGAUAAAUUCUAUAGUUGUGCAACAGCGAUUUCGCCAGCCCUGUUAAACCAUAAUUUGGCGUGUUACAUUGGUAGAUCGUGUUUAAUUCAACUUGUAUUUAGCAAAAAGUUAGGUUUUCUUACUUGGGGAUUCAAGGAUGUAGAGGCUGGGCUGCCAACAACAAUGAUCGAAGCGUUAAUUAGUGGAGCAAUUUUUCUUCUUUUAACUUACGGAUUCAUUCAUUGGGCUUGGAAGUUCUAUACAUCCAGAUUAUCAUGGCUUCCCGGACCACCUAUAGUUCCAAUACUUGGAAAUAUUCCAAUACUAGAAAACGAGCCCUACAAAUUAUUCCGGCAGCUACAGGGCUUUCAGAAAAAAUUCAGGUACACUUUCAUAGGCUGGAUGACGUAUGUCCCAAUGUUGUUCACUGGAGAUGCCGUGUAUAUAAAGUCAAUCUUAAGUAGCAAAGAAAUGUUAAAAAAAUCUACUCUAUAUUGGACUUUAUUUGAAUGGCUUGGUACGGGAUUGCUGACAAGUCAUGGAAGAAAAUGGAAGAAAAGAAGGCGGUUAUUAACUCCAGCUUUUCAUUUCAACAUCUUAAAAGAUUAUGUUAACAUAUUUGUGAAGCAUUCAAAAGUUUUAGUUGAGAAAUUUAAUCAUGAAUGUGACACGGGCAGAGCUAUUGAUGUACAAGUACCAACUAGUCUUGCAUCAUUGGAUGUGAUGUGUGAAGCAGCAAUGGGUGUGGAAGUGCAUUCCCAGCAAUGUGGCAAUUCCCAAUAUACAAAAUCUAUGAGAUCUAUGCAAAGCCAUCUACAACGUCGACAAAGGUCACCAUGGUUGUGGCCAAAUUUCAUAUACAAGCUCACCAGUGCAGGGAAAUGCUAUUACAAAGAUUUAAAUGUCGUGCACAAUUUCACUAUUGAUUUAAUUAAUAAACGUAUUGAAUCACGAAAGUUAUUGAAAGAAGAUGAUAAUUCCAAACCUUGCAAGAAAGUAUUUAUUGACUUGCUCCUGGAUUUAUAUGAUGAAGGAGAGAUUGACAUUGAUGGCGUGCGUGAAGAAGUAGAUACUUUUAUGUUUGAAGGACAUGAUACUAUGGCCACAGCGUUAGGAUGGACUCUUCAUCUACUUGGAAGACAUCCGGAGGUGCAGAAGAAGUUGCAUGCUGAAAUUGAUAGUAUUGACAAAUCAAAUCCUGGAAAAGUAUUGGAUAAAAUUUGCGAGUUAAAGUAUUUAGAAUAUGUCAUCAAGGAAGGACUUCGAUUACAUCCCCCCGCGGCAAUGAUUGGACGCACUGUGGAAAAAGACACGGCUUUUGGCAGACACGUGAUUCCAUCGGGCACUCAGAUCAUCCUGGACGUGUAUGCAUUGCAUUCGAAUCCAGAAUAUUGGGAUGAGCCCGAAAAAUUCAUUCCAGAGCGUUUUGGUGAUGCCGAAUUUUUUAAAAGGAAUCCUUAUUCUUAUAUUCCUUUCUCAGCUGGACCUCGAAACUGUAUUGGUCAAAAGUUCGCAUUGUUGAAACUGAAAAUCUUUUUGUUUAAUAUCGCGUCAAGUUUUCGCUUCACAUCUGUCCAAGAUAAAGACGACAUUGAAGAAUGCUUUGAGAUUGUGCAUAAUUCGAGUAAUGGUUUGCUGAUCAAACUUUCAAAACGAUGAAGUCCAGACUGUUGUGUUUUUAGCCUGGGUGGAUUAACCAACGUCUAGCUUUAUUUUUUCAGGAACGCGAGAAUUUAAAUUUAUGUAAUCGAACGUACACAUUUAAAGUUAUUAAAACUUUAUAUAACCUAGUAUUUAAAAGGAGUUGUUUUUUAUUAAUUGUUGUUUGUGUAAAACUUAUUUUUUGAGCUGUUAAAACUUCAUUCAUAAUAUGGCUA